AUGUCCGCUCGCGCCUACGAAGAUCAAUAUGGCCAUUCUGGACACAUCCGACGCCACUCGUCGGUAGUAAACGAGAAGGGCCCGCCCUCUGUGUCUCCUCGUCGCAAGCCGGUCAGAAGCCAAAGUACACGCGCAAGCAACGGCACCGUCAGCACGACAAUGAGUGUAUCGUCAGGAAGAAUGUCUCAAGCAACAAAUAUCACACAACCUCCAUCGUACUCGAAGAAGUUUGUUGUUGUCGGCGAUGGAGGCUGUGGCAAGACUUGCUUGUUGAUCAGUUAUUCGCAAGGCUACUUUCCAGAGCAGCUGAAGCUAGGACAGAAAUACGUUCCUACAGUUUUUGAGAACUACAUCACGCAGACUACGCAUCACCCCUCAGGCAAAAUAGUUGAACUGGCGCUUUGGGAUACUGCCGGGCAGGAAGAAUAUGACCGACUUCGACCCCUUUCCUAUCCGGAAACGGAUCUCCUCUUUGUAUGUUUCGCCAUCGAUUGCCCCGUCUCACUCGAAAACGUAAUGGACAAGUGGUAUCCCGAAGUCCUCCAUUUUUGUCCCACAACCCCUCUGAUUCUAGUCGGUCUCAAGUCCGACCUUCGAACGAAACGGACAUGCAUCGAGUUGCUCAAAAGCCAAGGUUUAACCCCCGUCACGCCUGACCAAGGCCGGGGAGUGGCCCAGCGGAUGGGUGCCCAGUACGUGGAGUGCAGCAGCAAAGAGAUGCGCGGUGUCGACGAGGUGUUUGAGCUGGCUGUUAACACGGCUGUGGGAAUCGAAGAAGACAACUGGGACUCUCGUGAGGGCGGUUCUCGUCCUCUCGGUGCUGGAGGGAAGAAGAUAAAGAAACGGACUUGCAAGAUUCUUUAA